CGCGUGGGCAGCUCCCGCUGCUCUCCAGGGAUGGGCAAGCACUUCGGCUCCUCUUUGCUUUCAGCAUCCCUCGACCCAGAUGUGCUCCCUAUCCCUGGAAGGGCACGGUGGGAUCCUGGGAGACGGGUACCCCCAGCCAUGGGGGCGAUGGCAGGACCCCGUGCAGAGCCAAGGGGAUGAGAUGCUCAGCCGCUUGGCCCCGGCCGUGCUGAGCCUGGACAGCUGGAGGGGCUGCCGAACUGAAACCCAGCAAGACGGCUUCCUUCCUGGCAGCUUAGCCAGCAGGAAGGGGAGCCGGCUCGAAAAGGGAGCUGUCAGCAGCGGCAGAGCUGCCCGCAGCCGCCCUGGGCAUCGCCCGCCGCGUUUCCUGCGAGCACAAAAGCCUCGCAGGGCUCGGGACCUGCCCGGGUAAACAACCAGCGCUGCGGCGAGGGAGCAGCAAACCCUCCCGGGGACGCGGCGUUGCCACCACGCUGGGUUGGGCUGCUUGGAAGCACAACCCCCUGCUCCUGAGUUAUGCCGGCGAACGCAGAAAAGGAGCUCUGGGGAGGCCCAGGGAGCUGUCGUCUGCGGCUUGCAGAGCCCUGGCACGUCUCUGGCACUUGGCAUGUGGCCCCCAAGUGGGGCAAUGAGGCGUGGGGGCCUUGCUGGGUUUUUGCAGGGCUUUAUGUGGGGUAACUGUGCCGAAAACCCCGGUCUCGCAUGCCCUGGCUGAGGACCAUGGGGAGAUGGUGCCGCUGCUUCCCCAGGAGCCGGGGAGGGACGUGCGGGGGGGUCUCUGGUUGUGGUCCCCGUGGGGCGCUGGCAGCGGCAGGGUUAAGCCGGCUCAGCUCCCUGCUGCGGGGUGGGUACCUGCGGUCACUGCCUCGCCUGGACUUUGGUCUUGGCUGGUACCCCGUGCCAAGGAAACUGGGGGCCAACUGUGGGCACGGAGCCAGCCUCCAGAGCCGGCCGUGCGUGGAGCUGCUGUUCUGCCUGGGGUGAGCGGGCAGGAAGGCUGAGCCGCUCGGCAGGAUGCAACUCCAUGCUCUCCAUGGACCCAUGGGCGAGCAGGAGGGCUGGCCUGGGGGCCAGAGAGCCCUCCCCUGCGUCCCCAGUGCUGCCUAUGGCCGUGCCGGGAUGGGAGGGAGCCACCCGCACCCCGCCUUAGCUCCAGUGUUUGCCUUUCCAGCUCCCAGCAGGAUCCUGCUUUCAAGCAGAGCCGGGCUUGUUUGGAGCUGUUUGGAAGCCACAAAGCCUUGGCCGGGCUCCUGGCAGCCGUCCGCAGCUCCCUCGUGCUGGCGUAGCUCUGCCUGGCAUGUUAAGAGCAAUGUUGGGGAGCAAGGGAUCCGGCUGCGGUGCCAGAAGGGGAUCCCGCCCUCGCUGCGGGGCCGAGCCUGGCAAUACCUCUCUGGGAGCAAGGUCAAGCUGGAGCAGAACAUCGACAAGUUUGACGAACUGGAUCUCCUCCCAGGGGACCCGAAGUGGCUGGACGUGAUCGAGCGCGAUCUCCAUCGGCAGUUCCCCUUCCACGAGAUGUUCGUCUCGCGCGGAGGUCACGGGCAGCAGGACCUGUUUCGGGUACUGAAGGCGUACACGCUGUACCGCCCGGAGGAGGGCUACUGCCAGGCCCAGGCCCCCAUCGCCGCCGUCCUGCUCAUGCACAUGCCGGCCGAGCAAGCGUUCUGGUGCCUGGUGCAGAUCUGUGAGAAGUACCUCCCCGGCUACUACAGCGAGAAGCUGGAGGCCAUUCAGCUGGACGGGCAGAUCCUCUUCUCGCUGCUGCACAAGGUCUCGCCCGUGGCCUACAAGCACCUGAGCAAGCAGAAGAUCGACCCCAUCCUCUACAUGACGGAGUGGUUCAUGUGCGCCUUCUCCCGCACGCUGCCCUGGAGCUCCGUCCUGCGUGUCUGGGACAUGUUCUUCUGUGAAGGGGUGAAGAUCAUCUUCCGGGUGGGCCUCGUGCUGCUCAAACACACCCUGGGCUCCUCGGACAAGCUCAAGUCCUGCCAGGGCCAGUACGAGACCAUGGAGCGGCUGAGGGCCCUCAGCCCCAAGAUCAUGCAGGAGACCUUCCUGGUGCAGGAGGUCAUCGAGCUGCCGGUGACGGAGCGUCAGAUCGAGCGGGAGCACCUGAUCCAGCUGAAGAAGUGGCGGGAGACGCAUGGGGAGCUGCAGUGCAAGUCCCCCCCGCGCCUGCACGGCGCCAAGGCCAUCAGCGAGGCCGAGCCCCCCACCCGCAAGGCGCUGGAGCCCGUCCCCUCCAUCAUUGUCCCCCCCGGGCCAGCUCCCGUGCCCAAGGCCCGCAAGAGCAAGGAGAAGAGCAGAGAAAAGGGCCCGGCCAGCCCUGCCAACGGCCCCGGGGCUGAGGGCAAUGGGGCACCCGGCUCGGCCCGGGAGCUGCUGCACCCCCAGGUCUCCCCCCACCACCAGUCCAAGGAGAGCCUGAGCUCCCGGGAGAGCGAGGACACGUACUUGUAGGGCCGGUGCGGUGCUGGGUCCGCACCCCGGGGCAGCCGGGCUCAGCUGGGCUGCGCACGGACCCGGGCUCAAGGACGCUGCUGGGGGCUGUGCGGGGACCCGGGGCGCUGUUGGGGGGACGGGCUGGAGGGAUGGGGGACACCGUGGCCCUUGUGGCUCGAAGCCAGGGUGGGGUUGAGGGGGGGGGGCACAACCCCGGGAGGUUGGCGAGGUGCGGUGACCGAAGUGGGGACGCUUUGGGUCUGCGCUGGGUGCCCACCCCGGCAGGGUGCUGGCGCCGCAAGCGGUGGGAGCCCUGGCAGGGGGUGGCUGAGCCACCCCAGCUCCCUCCCCGCACCCCGGGGGGCAUCCGGGCUGCCCCACGGACCCUUCUCUCUCUGUCCCACGGCCCCUCGACCUGCUGCCCCCAGGCUCCCUCCCAUGCCCGCCUCCUCCCCCCCCCUCCCCAUUCCCACCCUGCGCUGGCUGGGCAGACCCAGUGGCGCGGGGGGACUGGGGGUACGCGAGGAGCCGGCCCCCCCCCCCCCCACCUCCUCUUUAUCUAGCGAGGAUAUAUCAAGCUGUAGCCCUAUAUGUAGUACCGAAUUUACCUACUCACUGAGCCUAUUUAUUAUUCCUCCGUGGCAGUAACCGUCGCAGGACAGGGACCCAGGCUGGGAGCUGCAGGCAGGACGCGCCGGAAGCAGCGGGAUGUGAUGCCAGACCACGACCCGGGGGGCUAAAGCCCCCCACCCCCCCCAUUACCCCCCUCCCUGGGCUCCCCACAGCGGGGAGCGUUCACCCUGCCGGGGCCGUUCCCACUGCUGCCACCACCCCGUCCCCGGCGGAGGUGAGAGGGGGUGGGCGAGGGGCCGGGUGCUCCCCCGUUGCGGGGUCCCCUCUCUCCUGCGCCCCCCCCCCCCCGCCCUCCCCAAGGGCCGGGGGUGGCUUUGUAAAAUAAAGCGGGGAAAAAACGGUUUUGUACAAAGGGGUAAAUAAAGCAAGGAUUGUGU